AUGUCGGGCGCCGGGUCCGUCCCUCAUACGCCUGGGGCCCUGCGGCCAGAAGAGAUUAUGACAGACGAGGAUUUUGUGAAGGCGAUUGAGGCGAUGGGAGGCGAAAGCGAUGAUGAUAUUGGCGAAUUACUCAAAGUAAUGAAUGAAAGCCGUAUCAUUUCCUGGGAAGAAGCCGAACGUAUUCUCAACGAUACCAGAAAUGCGCCCAUAAAAAGUAGUUUGCCCGAGCAAACCCGACCAACAGAACCGGACAACGAUACGGACGUUGAUCAAUGCAUCCAGAAACUAUUGGAUAACGAUUCAGCACUGAAGGAAAUUAAUCUGAAUAAUAUGAAGCGUACUCCUAUUCCCCAAAUCCGACGAUUGAUCGAAGCAAUGGCAUAUAAUGAACACUGUGAACGACUAUCGCUUGCAAAUAUGGGCCUAUAUGAUAAUGAUAUUGCAGCAUUGAUUACUGUAAUAGAGAUGAACACUGCAUUGAAGAAGUUGAAUCUGGAGACUAACUACUUGAGUGGAGACUUCUUCGCGAAACUUUUCAAAGCUGCACUCGUCAAUCAAACAUUGGAGGAAAUCAAGGCUGUCAACCAAGGAGUUUCAUUUGCGACGACUGCUGAGAAGGAAAUUAUCGAUAGCAUUGUUGCAAAUACUGGAUUAACAAAAAUUUCUAUCAACUUGCGGUUGCCGGAGGGUCGACAUAAGGUCGAAAAUGCAACAUUGAGGAAUGGCGAAUACAAACGUAUUCUUCGUCGUGAAGCUGCAAUGAAAGCGAAAUGGGAGGCGGAGGAGCUGGCGAAAAAUCCUGUGCCGCACCUGCCUAAGGAACCUAAAACGGAACCUAAGAAGCCGGUAAGCGCUGCUAAGCCAGCAAAGGCAUCUCCCGCCGCGAAGGCUAACGACACUAAGAAAGCGGCUGCAAAACCGGCCACGGCUCCUAUCAACAAGAACAAACCAAUCACUAAGCCAGUUACAUCGAAUAUAUCUAAUCCAACCAUAUCUUCAGCAGCAAAAGAAAAAAAGAAAGAAACUACUACCUCUGAGCACCGUGUUCCUGAGAAAACGCCAGCGAGAAAACCAUUAGCCCCGAAGAAGGAUGAACCUGCGACAAUUGCUACGGAAGAAAAGAAGCCAGCUAGUAGAGUAUCAUCAUUGGCUAGGAAAAUGUCCGAUGUUGAUCAGAGUCCAACACCGGUAAUCAAGCUGGGAGGUGAUGGUGAAGUAACUCCGAAAAAAGCACCUUCAGCACCUGCUAAGAAACCUACUCCGUCCUCUACAGAAAAAAAGGUUGUAGAGGGUUCAAAAACGGAUAGGAUCCCAUCCAAGGCUCCGCUCGAUAGGAAACCUCCGCAAAAAUCAAAAUUCCUCGCAAUGAGGAGCAGAUUCCUCCAGGAUGAGCCAGCUACGAUACGUCCGGAAACCCCCAAGAAGAAGCCAGCUCCUACUCCUGUCGAACCUACAAAGCCGACGAAUGAAAUUAAUGGAGUUUUAAUUACUGCGAAAAAACUAGUCUCAGAAGAGGCCAAAAAGCCGUCAGAAACUAAAACCACCAAAAAGACAGAAAAAGCAGCAGAAACUAAGACAGCAACAACACCAGAAAAGAAAAAACCUCCUGCAAAAAAAGGGGUGAAGAAAAACCCCGUUCCGGAUGCGAAGAAAAAAUCGGGUUCAGAUUUGCCAGAAGCGAAAGCAGAAAACGAGCUUUCACCUGACACCGAAGAGGAGAAGAAUUCAAAAACUCCUCCCAAAAAGUCUUCUCCAGCACCUGCUAAGAAGCCUAAGUUACCAGCUGGUAAUAAAGUAACGGAUACCGGAAAGAAGGUGGCUGGAAAACAAUCGAAACCUGCUCCUGGGAAGAAAUCCGGCCAGGAUGCGCCUAAACAGACGACUAAUGUCCUCGCACGGGAGAAAAUCGGCUAG